AUGGAUGCUACAGAUAGUGCUGAGUUUAGGCAAUCUUCUUCCAAUUCCAAACCCUCUUUCGCAGAUACGAUCAACAUCUUGGUUGUAGACGACGAUGCCACCACUCUAACUAUUGUUUCAGCAAUGCUCAAAACAUGGAACUAUAAAGAUGCUUUGGCUACCCUUCGAGAGCAGAAAGGCGCAUUUGAUCUUGUUGUUACCGACCUCCAUAUGCCUGAGAUGGAUGGAUUUGAAUUGCAAAAGCAUGUUCGUGACGAGUUUAAACUACCUGUUAUUAUGAUGUCCGCAGAUGACAACGAGAGUGUGAUACUAAAGAGUUUAGAGGGUGGAGUUGCUUACUAUAUAGUAAAGCCUGUGAGCAAAGAUGACAUUAAAAAUGUGUGGCAGUAUGCUGUGGCAGCUAAGAAAGGUAAAUCUGUUGUCAUAGGGGAAAUAGAAGGUGCUCCAAGAGAAGCACCUGGUGAGGUCGACGAUGGAAGGGCAGUGCCAAAGAAUAUUCUCGACUUCAUGAAUGUGCCUGGCUUAACCAGGGCAAAUGUAGCUAGUCAUUUGCAGAAGUAUCGCAUCUUUUUGAAACGAGUUGCUGAGAAAGCUAGACUUUCCAAGUGCUUGUCUGAUAGGGUGUUCAGGUCAAGCUUUGCAGUUGGCCAUCCAGGACUGGCCUUCAACAGUACGGAAGCAGGAGACCAAUAUUCGCAGUACCUGAAAUUACAACAACAAAUGGGAGCAUCUCCAAUCAAUGCCUCUGUAUUUCAACCAUCCUCAGUUGGGAUUGAUGGAAAUACCAUUAAUCUCCUUGGCUUGAUCCAAUGCCCUAAUUAUCAGCAAUCUUCAAGAAGCAGCAACACUAUGAGAUCCGUGACUCAACUAAUCGGUUCGGGGCAGUCUCGUCUGCUGAACCCUAUUACUCAAGCUAAUCUUCUCCGCCACCAACCAUGGGUUGGAAAUGUGAAUCAUCAGCUGCUUUCUCAAGAAAGUCGCCACCCAGGGGAUUUUGGAAAGUAA